AUGUCCAUGCUAUCACAAGAAGCUCACGCGCAAUCCCCCCAAAAGAUUCGCCUAGAACACAAGCUGCGAUGUCCCCGUGAGGACCAGACAGGCCAGACUUGUGCGCGGUGCCUGCGCGCCGGUGCCCCGUGUGUUACAAGCAAUUUGCGGCCUCUCGGGCGGCCUGCACGGAAAAUUACCCCGGGAAACAGCCAUGGACGGAAAAGACGCCCACAAAAGGCUGUGAGAGGCCAAAGCGGUGCCGCUGACGAUGAAACCGAUAUGCUAUAUGAUAUAGAUCCAGCCCGAACUCCUAUCAAUCCAUUCGAGACCGAGAAACAUCCUAGGGCCGGGAGCCAUAAUGUCCCUUCAGAUGGGCCAGGAUCCUUCGAUGCAAAUAGCCCCGGCCUUUUUGGCCUUGAUCCGGCCAUCCUGUUGGGUCUAUCAGGUUUGAGCGAUAAUUUCCCGGGGUUCGAGAUGUCGGAUGGCCAGAGCCCCUUCGGGAUUCCCUCGCUAAAUGGCACGCAUUCCCCAAGCCCAGGCGAUGCGGAGAGCGCGUAUGCCGAUGUCAGCCAUAGAUCUAGUAGCCAAAGCCAGUAUUCUAGGGACAAAUUCAGCCGACUGGAUUCUGACUCCUUGAGAGCUGUGGAUCCUUCCGAGCAGCUGGGGAAGACAAUGAGCAGCGCUGAUGCCGUUCAGAAGCUGUCUGUCCUGAUUACAUCGCUGAGCAAACAACUGGACCGGCUCCAGACCACACCUUGGAGUGUCACCCUGGUCAAUAUUGUGUGUGCCAAGCAAGAACAGGAGGCAGGAAAGAACCCCCUCGGGGAGGUCCUUCAAAGCACCGCCGAGUUUGUGCAUGUCCUCCAAACCAUCGCUCUGAAGCCCCCGUCUACACACCAGCCGGACUCCGGGUUCCAGUCGCUAAAUUCGGAUCCCAACACUCUAUCGUCACCGGCGGCUGGCAUGUACUGCUCUGGCAUAGCAUCAAACCUGAACAAUGUCCUGCAGCCACUUCGGAUCAACUCAUGGCCCCUUGGCCCAAUCCACACACCUGAAUCAAUGACCCCUCCGCCCUCGGAUCAUUUCAAACCGGAUAUCUCUGACGCUCUGGUGAUCUUGACCUGCUACAUUCACAUUAUCCGGAUCUAUAAUAUUCUCUGUUCGCGUGUUUGUGAGUCUCUGUCUGAAAUGUCGCACCAGUCCAUUUCAUCGCUCCAAGCCAUACCAGGCCUCGAGGUCGGGGGAUUUCCCGUGCAGUACGGGAAUCUGCAGAUCAAGAUUCUCAUCCAGGUGAUUAUGCAUCUUCUAGCUCACAUGGAGCACUUGCUGGGAACAUCUGCGGAGUUCCGUCUUGACCCGGCAAGGGGCUCCAAUGAUGGUCUUCUCAGUAGUUCGGAGCUUACCGCGCUGUUGCGGAUGGUCAUGAAUCAGAAGGAUGACAAGGAGGGUGAUGGGAUGGAUGUUGGGUGUAUUUCGUCCCUCAGAGAGAAUAUGACAAAGAUCCAGCAGAUGUUAGAACAGAAUCCUUUUUUAUAG